CACGGGCACUGCGUUCCCGCGAGAUCUGGGCCGGCAGUUUCCGCCCGGAGAGGAUAGCGGCAUCGCUGCGGUAGGCGACGAAGGAGAGUGAGAAGGAGAACAGGUGAAGUCACGGCAGGAAACAUUGGUGGAUCCAUAUAUAUUUUCCCAAAGACAGUGCUGAAUUCACACCACGUUCCCAAACGCACUGCUGGAUCUCCACUUAAUUGCACAUUCGCGGGCCAUUUGUCUAUGCAGCACAGUCUGACCAAUCAGGUGACUCUGUCCAGUGAUAUUCCAACCACUACAGAAUUCUGUGGGCAUCUAAGUCUUUGCAACUGAAAUAUUCUGCAGGUCCACAAUUUACUACACAAGCUCACAGCGAUCAUUGCAAGAAAAGCAUCAUGGGGAACAUCUUUGGAAAUCUGCUGAAAAGCCUAAUUGGGAAGAAGGAAAUGAGAAUACUUAUGGUGGGACUUGAUGCUGCUGGAAAGACCACCAUAUUGUACAAACUGAAGCUUGGAGAGAUUGUCACUACCAUCCCAACCAUAGGCUUCAAUGUAGAGACGGUAGAAUACAAGAACAUCAGCUUUACUGUGUGGGAUGUGGGUGGUCAGGAUAAGAUCCGGCCACUGUGGAGACAUUACUUCCAGAACACUCAGGGGUUAAUAUUUGUGGUAGACAGUAAUGACAGAGAACGGGUUAACGAGGCACGCGAGGAGUUAAUGAGGAUGCUGGCUGAAGACGAGCUUCGGGAUGCUGUACUGCUUGUUUUUGCAAAUAAACAGGACCUUCCCAAUGCUAUGAAUGCUGCUGAAAUUACAGACAAGCUGGGUCUACAUUCUCUGCGUCACCGCAACUGGUACAUCCAGUCCACCUGUGCCACCAGUGGAGAUGGUCUCUACGAAGGGCUGGACUGGCUAGCCAACCAACUAAAGAACAAGAAGUAAUGACUCCUGGCCCUAUUUCUGCCUCCCCAGUGUGCGCCUGACUUUUCCUCCCCCCAUCCUUUCCAUCCAAAUUUUCCUCCUCAGCCAGAGCAGGUUGGGUUUGGCCUCUUACGCAGACCAUCCUAUCCCAACUGCCCCUCCUGGUUCCAUACGCUUACUUUGCCGUUUUGGUUUGGGGUGUUUUUAAUCGGGUGCCGUGUUUCUUCUGACUCAUCCAGCUGCUGUUGCUCUUUAUUUGUCCUUUGGAAACGGUGGGUGGGGGAGGACUUGUGAGAUUUGGCAGUACAUGCCAUAACAAUCUACCCCCUGUAGACAGGGUUGGUACGGAAGGGGUUUGGGAGCUGUGCUGUUUUGUGUCUGUAUGUUCUGUGGAUGCUCCCUAAGCUGAAGACUGAGAGAUGUUCUUGGCUUAUCGUGUUUGUUUUUAAGGCAGGUGUGUCAAUGGUUCAUACAUGACAGUCAGUAAAGCAACCGAGUAAACUGCAUUUAUAUUUGUUUUAAGAAGGGGUACAUCAAGAUUGGAUCCUAAUAUAAAAUAAAUGUGACUUGUAUUACUACAACAAGGCCAUUUUUUCUAACCUUUUACUUUUUACUCUUACUUAUAUUACAAGGCUUUAUAAUCUGUCAUCUACCGAAUAUGAAAUUAACCCCAUACUUAUACUGUGGUAUAAAUAAGCAUAUUUCUUACUGGGUGGUGCUUAAACCAGGUUCUGCUGCUCUUGUGCUUCAUUUGUAUCAGAUAUGCAAGAGUUGUCUUCUGUACUCUGUUUGAAUAGAGGUGUUCUAAUGAAGCGUAGUGCAAUAAAGAUGCAGUGGUUGUCAUCAAACUGAAUUCUGCAUACUUUGAUGGUUCGAGCUGACCGCACAAAGCCAUAGUAUUUCCUUAGAAACUGUGUAGAGCCAGUGGGAUAACUAAAUGUAUAUGAACUGUGCAUGCGGGUUGUGCUUUUAAUUUCUAAACACCUGCUGUAAUGAAAUAAGAGGUUAUCCGAGCACAUUGUGCUCUAGUAGUUAAAUCUCGCCACCCUUAUUUAUAAUGACUCCAGCAGCUCCCAAUGAUGUAACUGUGGCAAUCUACACUCCUCCUGUCAGUUACAUCACUGGGAACGGGUCCAGCUGUUAAAACUCCAAGUGCAUUUAUUUGCAUUAAAAAAAGUAAAGUAAAAUGAAGAAUUGUGUAUAACAUGCACUGACACUUCUAUUCAAACUUGGUUCUUAAAUCUUUAUUUUUAAAUCGAAAUUGGCACGAUAAUUCUACUUUAUAUGAAAGUAUACAGGCCAUUGUGCUCAUGGUUUUAAGCUGGAUCUUUUCACAACUUGUUACUGUCUCUGAAGCUAAAGGCAUGACAGGGAUUUAGUGCUAAGGUGAUUCAUCUUUACAUCAUAGAUUUGAAACAGAUUUUCCAAGUGACCUUUUUUCUGUCUGCAGAAUGUUUUCAGAUGGAAUAAUGAGUAUUAUUGGCUUGGAAUGAAAGUCGAAUGCAAAAAUCACACCCAAUCAUAUCUGAUUUUGAUACAGAUUAACAGACCUAUAAUGCUUCAUUGUUAUAAUGCUAUAUUGCUUUCCUGUGGCUCCAGCAUAGACAGUAUUCUGGUCCACAGCAAUUAGCUGAGCAUCAUGGGAGAUUUAAAUCAGAAAUAGCAAAGGUUGACUAUCCCUAAUUUGGCCCUUUUUAACGGACGCAAAUUUCUGAGUUCUCAUCUUUUCUGAGUAAAAGUCUGCUACUGUAGGAGUUGGAAAAGCUGCAUUGCAAUAGGAUUUAACUCCAAAGUGAAAUAACAGUGUAGUGCCCAAAUCAACAGUUCACUACGACAAACGCUCCUGCGUGGUCACAUGCCAAAGGUCCGUACAAAGAAAAAAGAGGAAUGAAAAUUAAUUAAAGCAUAUUUUAUAAUGAACAUGUGCAAGAGGUUGCUUUUGACUGCUCUAUCUCGCUUCUGUUUUAGUUGUAGUUAGAGCACCAUUAUCAAUCAAGCUAUCCAUUCCUAAAUGAACAAAGUGUACGUGUUUCUUUUCAUAAGGCCUGAUUCUGAGUUGGGAGUAAAGCGAAAAGAGCAAGUACUCUUGGUCAAAACUGUGCAACUGCAGGUGAGGCAGGUUUAAAAUGUGCAGAGAGAUUUACAUUUGGGAGAGAUGUGUCCAAAAACAAAUUUGAAUUGCAGUGCAAAACAAAGCUGCCCAGUAUUUGUGGCCUACAUGCGAAAGCAGCGGUAUUUAACAUGCAUGCAAAUGAAAAACAUGGCUUGUCCAGGUACAGUUAUGCUCUAUUUUUGCAUUACUCGCACCUCGGAAUCAGGCCCCUAGGGGUCGAUGUACUAAGCCUUGGAUGGAGAUAAAGUACCAGCCAAUCCGCCCUAACUGCCAUGUUACAGGCUGUGUUUGAAAAAUGACAGCAGCUGGUUGGUUGGUUGGUAGUUUAUCUCCAUCCACUUUAUCUCUCUCCAAGUGUUAGUACAUAGACCUCUUAGGAGGAGAUGUACUAAGCAGUGGUAAGAGUGGAGAGAUGAGCCAGUGGAUAAAUUGCCCAUGGCAACCAAUCAGAUGCUCUGUAUAAUUUUAUAGUAUGCAAAUUAUAAAUGUUACUUCAAUGCUGAUUGGUUGCCAUGGGCAAUUUUUCCACUGCCUCUUUUCUCCCCUCUAGUACAUCUCUCCCACAGUCUUUUAGGUGGGUAUUAAUUUGUGAGCAAUUGGCCUGAUUCAGAGAUGUAUACAAAACUGAUGUUUAUAUACACCUCUGAUGGUGUGAGAUCUGUGCAUGUACAGAACUCGACAUCGGUCGCAGCGCCCUGGACCCCACAGCAUGUAAGCCCCAUUUUGCGGAGGACAUGUGUCAGCCCCGUUUUGUAGGCGUGCAGAGGUCAAGGUCUGCAUAUUCUGGCGCAGAUUUACUGGCCUCAGCAGCAUGAUUACUCCGGAUAGAUAUCUUGAGUAACCUGAGGGUUAGUCAAAUGUCCGAUGUCCUCACAGAUGAGCCAUUGCUUCGCCUUAGUUCGCAGCGGCAGAUCUGGGAAGCUGGCAGGUGUCCUCUAAUUACACAAGACUCCUCCUACGGCAGUAACAUCUCCAGCUGCUGCGUACAAAGACACAGAGGCUGUGUGGUCUUCAUCUAUCUUUUAAUCCGGCCCUAUGCCUGGAUGCGAACAUUACCUUUUAAUACAGUAGGUAAUCUCAUUUUCCUAUUCCCCUCUUUGAAAUCAGGGAAAAAUGAGUGAGGACAUUGGUGACGGAGGGCCUUUGUCUAACCGUUCCAGCGAGCCCACACAUAUCGCUCACAACUGAAAUCUCCCUCAAAGGCCAAUUGGCCUAAUUCAGAUCUGAUUGCAGCAGCAAAUUUGUUAGCUAAUGGGUAAAACCAUGUGCACUGCAGGGGAGGCAGAUGUAACAUGUGCAGAGAGAGUUAGAUUUGGGUGGGGUGUGUUCAAACUGAAAUCUAAAUUGCAGUGUAAAAAUAAAGCAGCCAGUAUUUACCCUGCACAGAAACAAUAUAACCCACCCAAAUCUAACACUCUCUGCAAAUGUUAUAUCUGCCCCCCCCCUCCCCCCCCUGCAGUGCACAUGGUUUUGCCCAUUAGCUAACAAAUUUGCUGCUGCGAUCAGGUCUGAAUUAGGCCCCAUGUCUGUUAGUUAUCUGCAUAUUUAUAUUUCUGUGAGUGGCUGCUGCCAUGGUGCUUGCUUUACCAAUGUAAGAUUGUUAGCAGUUGGGCAAAACCAUGUGCACUGCAGGUGGGCAGAUAUAACCUGUGCAGAGAGAGUCAGAUUUGGGUGGGGUGUGUUCAAACUGAAAUCUAAGUUGCAGUGUAAAAAUAAAGCAGCCAGUAUUUACCCUGCACAGAAACAAUAUAACCCACACAAAUCUAACUCUCUCUGCAAAUGUUAUAUCUACCACACCUGCAGUGCACAUGGUUUUGCCCAACUGCUAACAAAUUUGCUGCUGCUAUCAACUCUGACUUACCCCCUAAGUGCUAGUACUGUACAUUGAAAAAGCAAAAUAAACAACUGCAUGACAUGUUUGAAACUAUAAAAAAUACUGGAAAUGUCUAAAAUUCCAUAAAUAAUAUUAUGAAUUGUAAACAUAAAACAUUUUGAUUUAUUUACUAAACAGCACUUUUGUGUCAUUUUAAAUAUCCAUAAAGCGCAAUAAAACAGAGCCACCCAAUGGCUAAGUGAUAAAACACAGUAUAUAAUCUUGUUUGUUAUUCAAAACAGUUAUUUUUAUUUAUUUAUUUUUUCUAAUUAAGAAAUUCCAUUGUUUUACUUGACAAUGAGAAUCUUAUGAAUCACAUACUAUUUGUAAAAAAACAUCAUUUUUAUCCACGUCAUGUAUUUCCAUCUCAAUGACCUGACCAGUUAUCACAUUUUUGAUGUGUCCAGUAAAUCAGGAAUACUUUUAUAAAGGUGAGUUUGACUACAGUCUGACCACCUUAUUAUAUUGUAAGUCUCCAGCAUGUCCAUUUAUACCCAACUAUAAGGUCAUCAUAAUGGUCACAGCAUCUGCAGAUGGGAACAUCCUGCAGGAGACCGUGACCUGUGCCAUUAUGUAGGGCAAGGGAAGCAAUCUGUGGCACUCCAGCUGCUGUGGAACAGCACAUCCCAGCAUGCCUUGCUACAGUUUUGCUGUUAGGGCAUGAACAAAUUGUGGCUGGAUUGUGUAGUUACAAAGCAGCUGAAGUGUCACGGCUGCCUACCCCUGAUGUAGGGAGAGGUUUGCUAUCUCAUUUCACACCCAGUAUUUAAAAUGUGUGGUGUCAAAAACUCCAUUUUGUACAUACGACUCUUUUCAGGGUUUUUUUUGUUAUUAGUUACUUUUGCUUUGAUUUUUGACUGAUAGGACUUUUUUUUUUCUUCAGAACAUAUGGACAUGAAUAUAUAUUUUUAUAUAGGCGUCUUAGAGGAAAGAAAAAAAACAUACAAAAAUAGAAAGGGAAAGCCUUUCUAGAACCCUGCCUUAGGCAUGGAUGACAAUUCCAGAAUCCUGAUUUACAGAGAACCAAAUAUUGUUGAACAUGGACGGUUGGUGUUUCACUUUCUGCAGCUGUGCUAUCAGGUGUACACUGAAGUCACAGUGCAGCUACAGGGCUUAUCCACAACAGUUAGCAGGUGCAAGUGUUGUAUGAGAGACCAGAACGCUGUGCUACAGACGGGAGAAAGUCAACACAGUGCAAAAUAGUACAUAAGAUUGAGUAGCAGUGUUUUACUCAGAAAAUACAUUGGUUAUUGUAUCCCUUAGAUGCAACAAUAUUUCAAAACUGAGGAGCCAACAUUGUAGGAAGUAAUGUAUUUAAAGAGGAGGAAACUUGGAGCACUUUGAAAAAUGCAGGCAAACUGGGGCACUUACCAUCCUGGAUUUCUUGGAGACUUUGUAAUAUACCCUGAGUUGCUGCUGGUAGUUAGACUCCUGGGUGUUAUUGCCUAUAUUCCCUUGAACCCUGAGGUGUGUCCAUCAAGAAAGUGGCACUGAUAAACCUGAGCAGCCAUUGUUUUUCAAACCAUGUAGUGCACUUUCCACAUAAGGGACCAUUUUUAUUUUCAGUGAUUUGAUAUUUAUUGAUAUUGUUUGGUUGUAAUCAGGUUUUUUUCCUUAGUUAAUACUGUUGCCUCAGUAGACUUUUUAACUGUGCUCUCUGUCUCUUUUACCUCUGGUCUGUAUAAUGGAACGUGUGGUUUGAGUUGGGUAUUCUCUUUCUGUUUGUAUACUUUGGAAUGUAAGCUGUAUGUGUUUAAAUUGAAUUAAACCACUGGAAGCAA